CGGUCACAACAACUUUUAUUUUUUUUUGGACGGAAACGCCUCGGUUAGUGGGGUUUCAGAGUUUUGCUUCUGCGCGCGGUGAGGACGACGGACACGAGCGACCCCCACCAUGCCCCGUUUGGCUCUCGUUCUGGGCGCGCUGACUCUGACUUUGUGGGCGACGUGCAGCCGCGGAGCCAUGGACGAGUGCGCGGACGAGUCCGGGCGGCCUCAGCGCUGCAUGCCCGAGUUCGUGAAUGCCGCCUUUAACAUGACCGUGGUGGCCACGAACACCUGCGGCUCUCCGCCCGAAGAGUACUGCGUGCAGACCGGCGUGACCGGAGUCACCAAGUCCUGCCACAUCUGCGACGCCCAGGACCCGAAGCAUCAUCACAGCGCGGUCUACCUCACCGACUACAACACCCAGGCGGACACCACCUGGUGGCAAAGUCAGACCAUGCUAGCGGGCAUCCAGUACCCCAACUCCAUCAACCUCACCCUUCAUCUGGGCAAGGCCUUUGACAUCACCUACGUGCGUCUUAAGUUCCACACCAGCCGCCCAGAGAGCUUUGCCAUCUACAAGCGCACGAGCGAGGAUGGGCCCUGGAUCCCAUACCAGUACUACAGCGGCUCAUGUGAGAAAACCUACAGCAAGGUGAACCGUGGCUUCAUCCGCACUGGAAAAGAUGAGCAGCAGGCGCUUUGCACAGACGAGUUCAGCGACAUCUCACCAAUUACCGGAGGAAACGUGGCCUUCUCCACACUCGAGGGUCGGCCAAGCGCAUACAACUUCGACAACAGCCCUGUGCUGCAGGACUGGGUGACUGCCACAGACAUCCAAGUGACCCUCAACAGGCUGAACACAUUUGGAGAUGAAGUCUUCAAUGAUCCCAAAGUCCUCAAGUCCUACUAUUAUGCCAUCUCCGACUUUGCUGUGGGAGGAAGGUGCAAGUGUAACGGCAAUGCCAGCGAGUGCGUGAAGAACGAGUACAAUAAGUUGGUGUGUAACUGCAAACACAACACGGAAGGUGAUGACUGCAGCGUGUGCAAGCCCUUCUAUAACGACCGUCCCUGGAGAAGAGCCACGGCCGACAACGCCAACGAGUGCCUGCCAUGCAACUGCAACGGGAAGAGCGCAGAGUGCUACUUCGACCAAGAGCUGUACCGCAACACUGGUCAUGGAGGCCACUGCCGGAACUGCGCCGACAACACGGACGGGCCCAACUGCGAGCGCUGUCUGGACAAUUACUAUAGAGACGCAUCGGGUCAGCGCUGUCUGCCCUGCAGCUGCAACCCCGAGGGCUCUCUCAGCACACAGUGUGACAACUCUGGUCGCUGCAGCUGCAAACCAGGCGUGAUGGGAGACAAAUGUGACUGCUGCUGAUUUCAUAGAAUGUAAAAGAAAUUUAUCUGUUUAUGAACGUUUAUUACCAUUGAAACAGUUUUAUUGAUCUCCAUUAAAGAUCUAUUACUUGCCUAUUAACAUAAAUGUAACCUUAAAAAAAAAAAAGUAUAUAAAAAUAAUCUCAAAUAUGAAUCUAUUUAAGUUUUGAAGUAUGUAGGGCUAUUAGUCUGUGCAUUUAUAAGUUUAAUAUUACCCAAACAAAACACUUUCAUAAAUUAAAUUUACACAUUUAAUCUGGUCGUCAGCACUGAUUUAACUUCAUAAGGACCCCAUCAAUGAGUUUUAUAGAUUUUUUGCCAAAUAAAAUGACCAAAAAUACACUUACAAUUAGUGGAAUAUGUUUAAAUUUUGAAAAACAAAGCCUGUAGAAUCAGGAAUUUGAAUCAUUUUGUUUCAGUAAGUUUUAAAGGAUGAUGUCAAAUGGUGAGAUUUAUUUAAUAUUCAUAUUUUUUGUCAAAUAAGUAAAAUUAUGCACAAUCCUAUGAAUCCUGUUUUACAGUGAUUCUUAUUUCUAAACUGACCAUUCAGUGUGUUUAUUAACUUAAAAUCUAAAAAAAUUUUUAAAAAUUUAUUUUAUCUAAAAUAAACUCUUUUAAAAAAGAAAUACAGAUAUAAAACUGGAAACAAUAGAAUAUUACAGAAAUAAUAAAGAGCAGGGCCAUUUUUCAGGGAAUGUGGGUUCUUUAGGGUUGCCUUGAAGGGUGGAACAUCCUACAGUAAGUAAACAUCUCAGGCACCAUUUAACGUGAACAAAAUUUAAGGUGGAGUGAAAAAUUUCAAGCUUGAGGUGCAAAAAAUCUUACUGCGGCACCAUUUAAGGUGGAACAGAAAAUUCAAACAAGAAGAGUGAAGCAUUUUCACGGGAAAACUACGGUGACGGCGCGCGCGGCUGAGUGUGGUUUAGUGAUUGUUUCAUCUCCCACAGAAGUCAGAGAGGAGUCUCCGUUGGUAGAAGCGCUGAGGAAGAGCCGGGAAUAAAGAUACUUUACAGCAGUUUAACUGUUGUUAACUGUAAAUCUCUCCUUCACAGAGCUGAGAAACUCUCAGGAGAACACAGCUCGGUUCUGCACUGAUACUGUUCAGAGAACCCGCACAGACAGAGUGACGGUCAGUUAGUCCCAGAGAGCAGCAGCAGGGGUCCAACAGCAAUGAGUGAAGCAUCCUUUUUCAGCACCCAUAUAUAUAUAUGCGUGUACAAUUUCCCACGAUGCAUUGCUGCUACACCACGUGUUGUGGUAAUUUUUUUAAACGGUAUUUCUAUUCAUUCAUUUAUUCAUUCAUUCAUUCAUGCAUUCAUUUUACUCCACAUUCUGCCACAUUUUGAAUGUGUGAUAUUACAUCACAGCUUGCACAUUAUUAAACAAAACAUAUUACGUUUCUCAGACAGUUAAUAGUUAAUAAAUAAAAGAAAUGGACGAAUAAAUAAAUACAAAAUGAACUUGAGAAAAUAUUCCAGUUUCAAAACUAGAGCGAGAUGCUGAAAUGAUAACGUUUUUAUGGACUGAACUGUAGCUGUUCUUUAUCAGCUCAUUACUUCACUUUCACUGCAUCCCUCUUUUCCUCUUUUUUCUCCACCAGCAUCUGUCACUUCUGUGUUUUCUUCAUAUAACCGUCCAUUAAAGGAGAACAAGAUUUAAACAGACUGGACAAUGCCUGAGAGAGAGAGAGAAUGAAGUGGAAGAGCAAUAUGGAGGUAAUAUAAGAUAAAAGACAAAGUGAUUACUAAAAGAUGGCGAUAAUAAAAGAAUAAAAAGCUUUUAAUGAGAGUUUCACCCCAUACAGCAGUGCAUGAUACUGCCACCACUGUGUUUCAAAGUUGGGAUGAGGUUCUUAUGCUGGAAUGCAGUUUGUUUUUGCCACACUUAACAUUUCUCAUUUAAGCCAUAAAGAUCCAUUAUUGCCUUAUCCGUCCACAUACCAUUAUUUCAUAGUCUUCUGAAUCAUGAAGGUGGUCUUUAGGAAACUCUAAACAGGAAGAAAUGUUCAUCCCGGAGAGUAGUGACUUUGCCCACGCUAUCGUUCCAUACGUACUGUCCUUGUUCAGUGUUUGUCUGAUUGUGGACUCAUGAACACUGACAUCAGCCAAUGUAAGAAACGUCUUUAGAUGUUAUCCUGGGCUUCUUUGUGAUCUCCUAGUACAUCACUGCUGUCAGAACAAAACCUCAUAUAUCCAUUUUGGUUGUUUUUCAGUUUUUUUGACAUAUAUUGAAAAUGCCUGUUGUCCUUUACAUUGUAAAAGAAACAAAACUCUGGUUCCAUUGACUUACAUUAAAAGUAAAGUAUGUUUUUUCUUUCUCCUGUAAAGUUGUCAUUUUGGAGAUAUGAGGUUUUGUUCAGACAGCAGCAAUAUUCUACACCUAAGUUUUUUUUUUUUGGAUGACCACUCCUGGGAAGGGUAACAAUGGUGCUGAAUUUCCUAUAUUUGCAUUCUAUCUGCCUGACAGUAAAUCAGUGAACUCCAAACUCGUCAGAAAUUGUUUUGGAGCAUAUUCCACACUAAUGAGCACUCAGAAAUCUCAUUUGAUUGAAACAUGGUAUGCACUAACAGCCUGAUGGUGAAGACUCAAGUUUUUAAAUAGGGUAGGGGCAGCCACAUUCAAACCAAUGGAUAUAACCUCCUGACCCUAAAUAUCACCUAUACCAAACUGAUAAUUCUAGAGAUCAAUAAACUUUUGCCAACAAAGACCAUUUAACGCUGGAUUACUUUGUUCAAUAAAUGGAUGAAAAAUUCUA